UACAAGCGGAAGCAACAGGAAGUGAGUUCCACAUGAGCCUGACGCGUUCAGCGGUUUUUCAGCGUGUGGGACUUUAUAUCGAUGUACCAAACAACAACAUCCAGAAUUAUUUCACGUUUUAAUGAAGAUUUUCUAGAUAAGGAAGAUUUCAGAGAUCAGCGAUGUCAAAGGCAACCAAGCGCAAGCAUGUUGUCAAGGAAGUUCUAGGGGACUACAUCACACCUAAUGAGAAACAGCAGAUUAUGAGGAUCUUGGGAAGCAAUGGCAAUAACCUCCAUGAGGCUGUGACCGAGAGCGGUGAGAGAUUUCUGCUCAGCAUGCCCACAAAGUUCCGCAAGAACAUCUGGAUCAAAAGAGGUGAUUUUGUGAUUGUAGAUCCUAUCGAGGAAGGCGACAAGGUGAAAGGAGAGAUCAACUUCAUUCUGUACAGGGACCAUAUUCACUAUUUGAGGAAACUUGGCAUCUGGCCUAAAGGAUUCGAGGCAGGAGGAGUAAGAGAGCAGAUGCAGGAAGAUGCACAAAAAGACGAGGCUAAAAGCAAAGAGCAAGACGAGGAAGAGGAUGACACCGACAACAGUGAUUCUGAGAACGAACAGGACCUUUUCGUUAACACAAACCGAGCCACUGUGCAGUACAGCGAGAGUGAUGAAGACUCAGAUGAAGAUGAUGAUGAAGAAGAGGACAAAGACGAAUGAACUUUUAGUGAAUUCUGUACAUCUAAUCGUGUGUUCAACUUUAUAAAAGUAGUCAUUAGCAUCUAUACACCUACCCUAAGUCACAAGCGGUGGAAAUGUGUUAAACAUCAGAAUUUAGAUGCAGACUGAAAAAAGAUCGUCAGUUGAUUUGGAAACUUCGAUCAGGACCAGGUUUAAUCCACAUGUAAAAAAAAACAAAUAACCCAAUAUAUAAAGAUCUUCGAUUCUCUACG